AUGCCGACUCAGGAGCAGCUGAGGCACGCAGGGAGGGGGGACCUAGCAGCCGCUCUGAGGCAGCUGGCCAGGGAGCAGUCGGGUGGAGGCGCAGGGUGGGCAGGGGAAGGGCGGGCAGGGGAGGGGGAGGCGCAAAAGGGGUGGAAGGGGGCGGAGGAGGGGGUUGCAGAGGAUUUAAGGACGAAAGGGACAGGCGCAGGGCGGGAAGUGUGGCGUGUGGAAGGGGAGAGGGGGGGAGGAGAAGCGAGGGGUGAAGCAGCAGCUGCUGCAAGACAGGGGGGAGAGGGCGCAGGAGGGGUGGAGGAGGGGGGUGCAGGGGGGGCGGUGGGGAGGGGCAAUGGGUGGAGUGCGGUGGCGAGGUUGAUGGGGCUGGGCAGGCGGAGGAGGGGGCGGGCAGCAGGGGGGGCGGAGGGGAAGGGAGGGGGAGUGAGUGGAGAGGGGGUGGAUGAGGGCGAGGGCUGGAAUGAGGGGGGUGGUGCGGGUGAGGCUGUCCCGGAGGAGUCGGUUGUGAUGAGCAGUCCUGUUAAGCCACGGAGACCAGUGGGCCGCCCGAGGAAAACCCCCCCAGCAAACCAGGGGCGAGCAGAGGAGGCAGGGAGGGGAACAGCUCAGGAGGCUGGUGUGGGGCCAAGCAUUGGCGGGGGGGGCGUUGAGGGGGGUCGGGAGAAGGACGAUGGGAAGAAGGGGAGCGGAGAGGAGGCCGCGGACGAGGAGAAGAGAAGUAGAGGUUAUGUUGGGGGCGUGGGUGCAGGUAGUGCGGUGGAGGGGAGAGUGGGGAAGGGGAGUGUGGGAGAGGGGAGUGUGGGGGAAGAGAGGGUGAUCGAGGGGAGUGUGGGGAAUUUGGACGGCUUUGAUGCAGCCCUGAGUGCCAGCCUGGCGAAUCUGAUGGCGUUCAGGAAGAGGCUGGAGGGGUUGGAGGCUGGUGCUGGCGGCACAAUUCUCGGCAUAGCUGGCGACACAGCUGGCGGCACAGCUGGCGGUACAGCUGGCGGCACAGCUGCUGCAGGGACUGCUGCAAACCCAAGAACCCGCACAGGACCAGAUAACGCCUCCCCCUCCCCAAGAUCAGAUAAACCUCCUUUCUCGUUUAGCGCAGAUAACGCCUGCCUCCGAGGCCCAGGCAGCGAGUGGGGUGCAAGAGCAGACUCGCAACGGCCAUCAGAAAACAGACCACGGAGCAAGGAACCUUCCUCGCCACCGGUGCGCAAGUUUCGGUUACCACCUCCCCCUGCGUCGCCAGUUGAGCCUCCCCCAGCUGCUGCCUUCCUCCGGCGCGACCCGGAUGAGCUGGCAGGCGUGACAGGGCGCAUCCGAUCCCUCGAGCAAUCGCUGGCCGCCACGCGUGCAGCGCUGAGGCAGGGGCGGGAGGCGCUGAGUAGGCGAGAUGCUGAGCUGGAACAGAUGCGCAGCCGCACCAUGGGUGAGCUGCUAAGACUUACAGACUCGCUGGAGUUCAGAGAGAGUGAGAUGCUGCGCACGCGAGCAGAGCUGCGCUCAACUCGCGCUGAGGUCUCAGCUCUCGAAGGCAGAUUUGCUGCUGAGUUCAGGGAGACGAGGCGCGUGUUGGAGGAGAAGGAUCAGCAGCUGGGGGAGCUGCAGGUGGCAUAUGUGCAGCUGAGGCCCACGCGAGUGGUGUGGCCCAACCCUGGCAACGAAGUGCUUCUCACUGGCUCCUUCAAUGGCUGGACCAACCGGAUCAAGAUGGUCAAGUCAAAUGCGGGGGUGUUUGUAACAACUCUUCAUCUGUACCCCGGACAAUAUGAGGUCAAAUUUAUCGUGGAUGGAAAUUGGAAGGUUGAUCCUCGAAGGGCCAUUGUUUACACAUCGAGCGGCCAUGAAAACAACCUGCUAGUGGUCACAUAG